AUGGGUGAACCCGACCUUGAAUCUCAAACCCCCAAAACUAUAGACGGGCUCACGGCAGAAAAGGAAGAGAAAGCCACCAAAGUCGAAAAGGGCUACGGUCUGCCCUUUUGGCGCAAAUGUAUCAUUCUCUUCGUCGUCAGCUGGAUGACACUUGCUGUUACCUUUUCGAGUACAUCUCUUCUCCCUGCAACCCCCGAGAUCGCCGAGGAGUUCAACACCACAACGGAGACGCUCAACAUCACCAAUGCCGGCGUUUUACUGGCCAUGGGCUUCUCGUCGCUUAUCUGGGGUCCCUUGAACAAUUUAAUAGGCAGAAGGAUCUCGUAUAAUAUCGCGAUCUUCAUGCUCUGUGUGUGUUCGGCGGCGACGGGGGCUGCUGUAGAUAUGAAGAUGUUUACCGCGUUUCGAAUAUUGGGCGGUUUGACGGGAACGUCAUUCAUGGUGUCGGGCCAGACCAUUCUGGCAGACAUUUUCGAACCGGUUGUCCGUGGCACCGCCGUGGGAUUCUUUAUGGCUGGAUCUGUCUCCGGUCCUGCAAUUGGCCCCUGUAUCGGAGGCCUCAUCGUCACUUUCUCCAGCUGGCGCAAUAUCUACUGGCUCCAAGUCGGCAUGACAGGAUUCGGCCUAGUUCUGUCCAUCAUCUUCGUUCCCGAAAUCAAACAAGAAUCUAAAGAGGAUCCCGAAGAAAAAAGAGAAGAAGACCGUACUUUCAGCCCUGACCUCACCUGCGGCCUCCUCGCCACAUUCCAAUACUCCCUCCUCACCUCCGCUCGCUCAAUCUUCAACCCCCGCUUCCACCUCACAACGGCCCUUAUCUCCGGCCUCUUCUACCUCGCCCCAGGAGCAGGCUUCCUGAUCGGCAGCAUCACCGGCGGCAAACUCUCCGACCGCACCGUCCGCAAGUACAUCACCCGUCGCGGCUUCCGAUUACCCCAGGACCGCCUCAACUCUGGCCUCGUCACCCUGUUCGCCGUGCUUCCCGUUUCGGCGCUGAUCUACGGCUGGACCCUGCAGGAGGAGAAAGGCGGGAUGGCUGUGCCUAUCCUGGCGGCAUUUUUUGCUGGCUGGGGGCUUAUGGGGAGUUUUAAUACUUUGAACACCUAUGUGGCUGAGGCCUUGCCGCAUAAGCGCUCCGAAGUUAUUGCCGGGAAGUAUAUCAUCCAGUAUAUCUUUUCGGCGGGGAGUAGUGCGCUUGUGGUGCCUAUUAUUAAUGCGAUUGGGGUUGGGUGGACUUUUACCAUUUGUGUGAUUUUUUCCAUCAUCGGUGGUCUGUUAACCAUGGCUACCUCGCGAUGGGGCCUUGAUAUGCAACAAUGGGCGGAGCGGACUUUCCGCAUUCACGAUAGACCUGGAUUUUGA